GCGGAGCGGCGGCGGCGGCGGCGAGGAGGCGGAGCGGGCGGCCCUGACGCGGCAGCGAGAUGAGUGGUACUGGAUCUAGUCCAAUGUCGACUAUUGCUCCAUCAGGCAGCGGAAGAGGGACUGGGAAAUCAACAAACUUUACUCCUGAACUGCAAAGUAUGAUGUUUUCAUUAGGAGAUGCUCGCAGGCCUCUCCAUGAGUCGGCAGUAUUGGUGGAAGACAUUGUCCACACUCAGCUGAUUAAUUUGUUACAACAAGCCUCUGAAGUUUCUCAAAUGAGAGGAGCAAGAGUAAUCUCUGCAGAAGAUCUUAUUUUUUUGAUGCGCAAAGAUAAGAAAAAGCUUAGAAGGCUACUUAAAUAUAUGUUUUUCCGAGACUACAAAUCUAAAGUUGUCAAAGGCAUUGAAGAAGAUGAUCUUCUUGAAGACAGACUCAGUAGCAGCAGCACCAAUAAACGUCAGAAAAUUGCUCAAGAUUUUCUUAUCUCUAUUGAUCAGACUGGAGAGCUGUUGGGCUUGUUGGAAGAUGAUGAGAUUGAUGAUGUAAAACUAGAGAGAAUGGAGAGGGCAGAAAGACAAGCACGAAUGAUGGACUCGGCACAAUACGCAGAAUUCUGUGAAAGUCGUCAACUAAGUUUUUCCAAGAAGGCUUCCAAGUUCCGGGACUGGCUGGACUGUAGCAGCAUGGAAAUAAAACCCAAUGCUGUUGCCAUGGAAAUUUUGGCUUAUUUAGCUUAUGAGACUGUCGCACAGCUGGUGGACCUGGCCCUUCUCGUCAAGCAGGACAUGACUCCCAAAGCUGGGGACCCUUUCAGCCAUGCAAUAUCUGCUACUUUCAUUCAGUAUCAUAGUUCUGCUGAGAUGCAUGUUUUGGGGCAAGCAACAAGUCUGAAGACCAGUCCAGACUCUCCUGAAAGCACCCCCCCACCAACGCCCACCCCUCCAGCUGCAGGACCACAGCACCCUGGGAAGGCUCCAUCUGGAUCCAUGGGCAAUGGCAGCAUUGGGCAAGAUUCCUCAAAAGUCAAACAGCGAAAGAGGAAAAAAAGUUCUGCCGCUUGUGGUGCAGAGGCUCAGAGUGAUGCCAUCCAGCCUUCCCACAUCAGAGAGGCCAUUCGGCGCUAUGGCCACAAGAUUGGACCCCUUUCCCCAUACACAAGCGCCUACCGCAGAAAUGGGAUGACUUUUCUCGCUUGCUAAUAUGGAUGUGGCUACAGCAACAGGAAAGACCAUGUUGUAUUAAG